GUCCCUGCCUCGGGGCUCGCUGCCUCCCAGCUCCCGGCUGGUCCCCGGCGCCAGCAUGUCCCGCUCCGACGAGGUCAACCGGCUCACGGAGAGUGUCUAUAGGGUGAUUCUGGACCAGUUCAAUCCCGGCCUGAGGAGUUUUGUCACGAUGGGGAAGAGUUACCAACGAGCACUCUCAGGGGUGACCGUAGCGGCCAAGGGUUAUUUCGACGCCCUGGUGAAGCUGGGGGAAUUGGCCAGCGACAGCCAAGGGUCCAAGGAGCUGGGGGACACCCUGUUCCAGAUGGCUGAGGUGCAUCGCCAGAUCCAGGUGCAGCUGGAGGAAACGCUGAAGCUUUUCCACUCAGAGCUGCUGGCCCAGCUGGAGCAGAAACUGGAGCUGGAUGUCAAGUACCUGCUGGCCACCCUGAAGAAGUACCAGAGUGAGCACCGGGCCAAGGCAGAGGCCAUUGAGAAGUGCCAGGCCGAGCUGAAGAAACUGCGCAAGAAAUGCCAGAGCAGCAAGAACCCCCAGAAAUACGGGGACCGCGAGGUGCAGUACGUAGAGGUGAUGAGUGCCAAGCAGAGCGAGCUGGACCGCUUUGUGGCGGAGGGAUACAAGGCUGCUCUGACCGAGGAGCGCCGCCGGUACUCGUUCCUGGUGGAUCGCCAGUGCGCUGUGUCCAAGCACUUCAGUGCCUACCAUGCCAAGGUGAAGGAGCUGCUGGGGACCAAGCUGCCCGGCUGGCAGCAGUCCUGCGUCCAGCCCACCCGCCUGCCCGACCGCGCGCUGGCCCUGGUGAAGCAGACGGCCAACAGCCCUGCCGCGCCCGCCAUCUCCGACCCGCUGCCCGCCCCCCAGCCCCUGGAGGUGCCCCCCGAGCUGGCCCCCCUGCUGGGGGGCGGGGGGCUGGCCCUCAACCACCGCGUCUCACUGCAGGAAGCGACUCCGCUCCCCAAUGGCGACUCUCACCGCACCCGGGGCUGCCGUGACCUGGGGCACCCGCCCGCCAGCGAGCCCCUCACUGUCCCGCUAGGCCUGCCGGCCCCGCAGCCUGCACCAGCCACGCAGACCCCGCCGCCCCCCAGGGCCAGCGACGGCUACUCCUGUACCCUGCCCAUCCCCCGCAAAGCCUCCGCGGAGACCCGCCUCGCCACGCUCACAGAGAACAGGACCCUGCCGCGGGUCGGGGCGCUGGCCGAGCGGCGCCGGGUGCAGGCCGUGUUCUCCCACGCGGCCGGCGAGAGCAGCACCCUGCUCAACUUCCAGGAGGGCGACGUCAUCGCGUUGCUGGUGGCCGAGGCCCGGGACGGCUGGCACUAUGGGGAGAACGAGGCCACGCGCAUGAAAGGCUGGUUUCCCUUCUCGUACACCCGGCCCGUCCCCCCUGCCGAGACCCCCGAGAAACCCUACGGCAGUUUUCCCCGGAGCAAACUGAACAGCAGCACGGGGACCCUGGACAAAGCGGGGUGCGUGGCCCCCAGCCCAGAGGGGGGCCACGGGGGGGCCAUCUUGCGCUACGCCCCCUCCCCCCGCCCCAGCACCUUCCGCCAGCGCCCCUAUAGCAUGAUGAACCCCGACCUGUCCCAGUUAGCGAACGAAUUUGGGAGCCCCAGACUCCUCCCGUCCAGGUCUAACCCCUUUGCUCACGUCAGGCUGAAGCGGACGGUGACCAACGACCGCUCGGCCCCGCUGAUCCAGUGAGGCCCCGAGGGCGCCCGCCGAUCGCCCCCCGGGGGAGAGAUGCCAGGAGCCCCCCGCUCGGGAAGGACUGGGGAGCUGGCAGCGGCCUCCCCACCAUGCAGCCCGCGGCUCCCUCUAGUGGCGGCUUUGCAGAAGCGCAUCCCAACUGCGGGGCUUGGGCUGUAUCACGCAGCGGGAGGGGUCGGGGUUCGAAUCCCGCCGGCAAUGUCUGGAGCUGGGGGGGGGGGAGCAGGAAUGGAGGUGGGCCCUGGGGAGCCAGAGUGUGGGGGGAUGGGGGAAGGGAGGGGGAGAGGCUGCCCCCUGAGAUAGAAAUGCCUCCUGAGGGCUCUGCCCACCCUAGAGCGACCCCUUUUCUGGGUUACGUGUGUAUCUGUCCGUCCCCCCUUGCACCCCUCUGUCAUCCCUCUACACUCAUCCAUCCCCUCUGCACUCCUCUGUCUGCCCCCAUGCCCCCCUCUAUCCAUCUGUCCUCCUGGGCACACACCCGUCCCCUGCCCACCCCUCUAUCCAUCGGUCCCAGCUCCCCCCGGGGGGCUGCUGCACCCAAGCUUUUUACCAGUCCUUCGGCAGAGCCCGUCAGUGCCAGGCCCUGCACCCUUCCCCACUGGGCUCCAGCCCCCCUGCUUCCCCCCGGGAGCUCUGCCCAGCUGGCCAGCCAAAACCAGCCGCCUGGGGGAGCCCCUCACCCCCUGCAGGGCCCCCCGGCAGCGCUGCCCGGUUGUGGGGAGCCCCAAGGUUCGCCACCCACCGCCGCCUCGGCCCAUUGUCCCUGCCGGGUUCCCGGCUGGAGCGUCCCCUCCUUAGGGGGGUUCAUUGCCCCGUGGCAGGUGGCUAACGGGAGGCCGAGGUUUUAAGCCCGGCUUCAGUGCCAGGCCAACGGGGUGAAACUCGAGGGCAGAGCAGAAGGCGCCCAGAGGUGGGUGAAGGUGGGUCGGUGGGGAAGAGAAAUCCUGUCUCACCCACCGGCGUGUGGCAAAGCAGGCCGGGCCCAGAGGGAAGGGGGUGGUUAAAAGACGGGACAAAGGGGAGUUUUUGGCCCGGAGAGCGAUAGAUGCGGGGUGCCCCCAGGGCCGGGGCUGUGCAGCGGACUCAGAAAGGCAGACGGGGCGGACGCUGAGCAAACACUUGCAGACGAGACAAACUGACUCCGGAUCGUUAAGUCCAAAGCGCCCGGCGAAGAGCCCCCCCCCGAAGAUCUCCCAGAACAGGGCGACUGGGCCGUGAAACGCGGGGUUGAGAAACGUGACGCUGGAGGGGAUCGUACCUACGCCAGGAGGGGAUCGAGAUUAGCCCCCGAGACCGAGAUGGCGGAGUCAGGAUCGUUCGCGGCAAACGUCAGGGAAAGGGAGGUGAGGAAACGGGGGGGAGAAUCGGACAGACGAUACCCUAGUGCCGCCCCAUGAAUACGGCGGGCGGUUCGGGUCGCCCCAGCUCCAAACAGAUCUGUUCGCGUUGGGAGAGGUGUGGAGAAGGUCAGAGAAACGAGGCGGGGGUGGAACAGCUUCCGGCUGAGGAGAGAGGAAAAGGCCGGGCACCGUUCGGAGAGGGCGAAGGGGGAUGUGAAAUCGGGACGGGGAUGGAGACGGGGAAGUGCUAUUUACCCCCUCACGUGAGGUGAGAACCAGGGUUUAGCCGAUGAAAUGAACAAGCAGCAGGUUGAAAACAAAGCGACGGCAGCGACGGCAACCUGGGGAACUCCCUGCCGGGGGAUGCCGGGAAGGGUGGAAGUCGAACGGGGUUCGAGAGUGGGUCCAGCGCCGGUGGUCACGGGGGCAACCCAGGCCCUGGGUGUCCCUAAACCUCUGCCUGCCCAAAGCCGGAAGCGGACGGUGAGGUGCUCACGCAACAGUCGCCCUGUUCUGUUCGUUCUCCGUGACGCAACGGGCCCCGGCCACUGGCGGCAACAAGCCACUGGGCCGGCGACUGUUCUUCCCUGGUCCUCGGGGGCUGGUUGGCUGUGUGGUUCCUCCGUCAAUCGGGGUCGCUUCCAACUGCCCCUUUAACACCCCGUUCACCCCCCUCCCACACACACACACUCCAUGGUCCCACCCCCAUGGCACCAGCUCUGCCCCGAGAGCAGCCUUGUAACCCUUCGGCCCCCACGGUGGAGCUGUGCAAAUCACAGAGGGAAACUGAGGCAGACAUGGGCCUCAAAAAUAUUACAGCAAAUUUCCACUUCCUCGUGCCAUCCAUCAAUACGAUUCUAGGUGUGUGUCCGUCCAUCCCCCCACACCCUCUCUAUCCAUCCAUCCAUCCCCCAAGCCCUGUUUCUGUCCAUCCCCUGCCCCUCUGUCUAUCCAUGUCCCCUCCACACCCCCUCUAUCCAUCCAUCUCCCCACACGGCCUCUAUCUAUCUAUCCAUCCCUCGCAGCACACCCCAAACAGCUGUCCGUCUGUCCCCCACCCUUGGCUCUGUCCAUUAUCUGUGUCCAACCCCCCCCCCCCUGCCUUUUGUUCUAUGUCCAGCCCUCUCCUGCUGACACAAGUUGCCCCAGGACACCCUGAAAAGUGCCUUGUCUGUUCCCAGCCCCACAGCUGGGCUACCUGCGGGGGGCGUUGAGCCCUAUAACCCCUCUCCCCCCGCUAGACUAUGGCUGGAGGAUGCUGUAUUCAAACUGCAUCACAUAGAACCAUGGAUGCCCCUCCCCCUUCCGAGGGGAGUGCAGUGCCCCCUGCUGGGCACAUGGGGGGAGGUAGCACGGGGGGGGGGGGCUCUGUUACAGCCUUGAUGUGACUGUGGGAAUUACACCUAGACUGAUACUAAACCGUGUCCAGCUGUCUGUGAUGCCCCCUGCUGGAGGGGCCGGGCCCUGCGCUGUGUGUGUGUC